CCUGACUCCAGACUUUCUUACAGAGGAGGUUCGGGGGCCUGCGCUGGCUCUGAGGGGACUGAGAUGCCACCAUAGACACCUGGGUGCGGCAGGGGCGGGCCGGCGGGCUCCAUGCGGAAGUAGCACCGCCUGUACCUGGCAGCCUCUCAGAGGCGGGCGCCGGGACCGCAGCAGCCCCAGCAGACUCCUGAUAGAUCGGCAGCAGCCUGUGCCCAGCAUGCAGGCUGAGGAGAGCUUCCAGGUGCUGGUGGGGACAGAGGGAGACAGCUUCCCGCUGAUGGAGAUAGGCACUUGUGAGGCAGAGCCCUCUGAGCAGUGGGACUUCAUCCUUGUGGCCAAGCACUGCAAAGAGUCAAGACUCAGGCAGGCUGAGCAGCGGCGGAAGCAGUUCCUGGAGGAGCUCCAGAGCAAAGGCUUCCAUAUCAAGGAAAGACAGGACCAGAAACAGGUGUUCUAUGGGAUCCGAGCUGACAACAGGAUCUUCGACUUGUACCGCACCCUGUUCUUGGAGCCAGAGGGUCUUGCUGCCCGUGUGGAGCCCGCCAGGCCAAUCACUGUCACAGCUACCAUGAGAAUCCGAAUCGUGAACUUUGUCCUGAACAGCAAGACAGCAGCUGGUGACAGCUUUGAGGACUUGGUGAAGGACGGGGUCUUUGAGAGCAAGUUCCCCCUGCACAGGGGGGAGGAAGACCUGAAGGUAAAGUGGGCCCAGUGGAGAAACCUGCUCCAGGAACAGCCCAUUGAUGCUAUCAGGGACUACUUUGGUGAGAAGGUGGCACUGUACUUUGCCUGGCUCGGAUGGUAUACCUACAUGCUGGUGCCCGCUGCUGUGGUGGGCCUCAUCGUCUUUCUGAGUGGGUUCGCCCUGUUCAACUCCAGCCAGAUCAGCAAGGAGAUCUGUGAGGCCCACGACAUCUUCAUGUGUCCUAUUGGCGACAGCAACAAAUACCAGCCGCUCUCGGUCACCUGCACUUUCGCCAAGCUCACUCACCUCUUUGACAACGAGGGCACUGUGCUGUUCGCCAUCUUCAUGGCCCUGUGGGCCACUGUGUUCCUGGAGAUCUGGAAGCGGCAGCGAGCCCGCGUUGUCCUGCACUGGGACCUGUAUGGGUGGGAUGAGGACCAGGAGGAGAUGGCACUUGAGCUCAUUAACUGCCCCGACUACAAGCUCCAGCCGCACCAGCACUCCUACCUGCGCAGCACCAUAAUCCUGAUCCUGUCUCUGCUCAUGAUCUGCUUCAUUAUUGGCAUGGCGCAUGUGCUGGUGGUCUACCGAGUGCUGGCUGCCGCCCUCUUCAGCAACUUGGCCUGGCCCUUCCUGGGGGUGACCACGGCUGUGGUGGUGUCUGGGGCCGUGGUACACUACGUGACCAUCGUCAUCAUGACCAAGGUCAACAAGUAUGUGGCCCUGAAGCUUUGUGAUUUUGAGAAGCCCAGGACCUUCUCAGAGCGUGAGAGCAAGUUCACGGUCAAGUUCUUCACGCUGCAGUUCUUUGCCCACUUCUCCUCCCUCAUCUAUAUCGCCUUCAUCCUGGGCAGGAUCAAUGGUCACCCUGGGAAGUCCACGCGCCUAGCUGGGCUGUGGAAGCUGGAGGAGUGCCACCUCAGCGGCUGCAUGAUGGACCUGUUUGUGCAGAUGGCCAUCAUCAUGGGCCUGAAGCAAACGCUCAGCAACUGCAUGGAGUACCUGCACCCGUGGCUUGCCUGUAAGUACCGCAUGCUUCGGGCCCGCUGGGCCAGGACCCCGGAGCUCCGGGACUGGCAGCGCAACUACUUCCUGAACCCAGUCACCACCUUCAGCCUGUUUGACGAGUUCAUGGAGAUGAUGAUCCAGUACGGCUUCACCACCAUCUUCGUGGCCGCCUUUCCCCUGGCACCACUGCUGGCACUCUUCAGCAAUGUGGUGGAAAUCCGCCUGGAUGCCAUCAAGAUGGUGCAGCUGCAGCGGCGGCUGGUCCCUCGCAAGGCUAAAGACAUAGGGACGUGGCUGCAGGUACUAGAGACCAUCGGCGUGCUGGCGGUCAUUGCCAAUGGGAUGGUCAUUGCCUUCACGUCUGAGUUCAUCCCCCGCAUGAUCUACAAGUACCGCGACAGUCCGUGCCGAAAGGAGCCUCCCCAAAAAGUCGACUGCCUCACUGGCUAUGUCAACCACAGCCUCUCGGUCUUCUUCGUAAAGGACUUCCAGGACCCCAAGAAGAUGCAGGCCUCAGGAAAUGUGACCGAGUGCAGGUACCGAGACUACCGCAAUCGCGAUCCCCAUGACAAGUACAACUUUACUGAGCAGUUCUGGUUCCUCCUGGCCAUCCGCCUGGCCUUCGUCAUCCUCUUUGAGCACGUUGCCUUAUGCAUCAAACUCAUUGCUGCGUGGUUCGUUCCCGAUGUCCCCCAGUCAGUGAAAAAUAAGGUUCUGAAGGAAAAGUAUGAUAUGCUGCAGGAGAAGCUACGGUCCAGCUCCAAGAGCACAGAUGUAUAGGUGGCCAGAAGCAGGCGGAGAGACACUGGAUACCAGGAGCCACCACCUGCACAUCCAGUCUUGUUUGUGGCUGUGUGUGUGCACAUAUGGGGCGGAUGCCUGUUAGAAGGCCUGUGUUUAUGUGGGGUCCUGGGAGGCCUUUGGAUAUGAGGGUGGUGCUAGGGGUCUGUGUACACGCAGGUGCAUAUGGGGGUAUUCUGGGAGGUCCUUGUCUAUUGUGAGGGGUUACAGGAGUUCCACGUGCAUGUGCGGCAUCUGUGAGAAACAUCCAUGUGUCUGUGGGGCCUGCACUAUUUUCCCUAGGAGACCUCAGACAUGGUGCAGCACCCCAACUUUACCUCUGGGUCACCCUGGCACCCACAGAUUUGGGGGAGUUCCUCAUGUAAUCUCAGGCAGCAAAGUUGGCUCAAGUUUCCCGGGUCUCCUGGACUUCUCAGCCCGAGGCUUGACAACAUCCCAUCUUGCUGAUGCCACUAACCCGAAGCCCAGCCUUCUGGUUGUCCCUGGAGGCCCUGGAUCUCCCAACCAAGCAGAAUUUUCUGUAAUAAAGUUAAACCUGCCUGUGUUGA